AUGGUUAAUGCUGGUAUAAAGCCGACUGCAACUUAUUCUUACUUGGCAGAAGAAGCUGGAGGGGUUGAUGUUUUAGGUUAUUCAAAGAAGGAUUGUUUUAAUUUUAUACAUCAGUUGAUAAAAUCUAAGGUGGAAGCUGGGGAUGCUCAAAGUGUUGUUAAUGAAUUUAAUAACAGACAAGCAAAUGAGACACUCUUUUAUUGGGAUGUUCAACUUGAUUUGGAAGGACGUAUAGCUAAUUUCUUUUGGAGAGAUGGUCGAUCUAGAAUUGACUAUGAGAUAUUUGGGGAUGUUGUGUCUUUUGAUACCACAUAUCGAACAAAUAAGUAUCGUAUGAUUUGUGCACCAUUUAUUGGAAUAAAUCAUCACUGGCAGAAUAUAAUUUUUGGUUGUGCAUUUUUAUCUGAUGAGUCUGCAGAAUCUUUCAAAUGGUUGUUCUCUACAUUUUUAAAGUCAAUGGGAGGUAUUGCCCCGAAAACUAUUAUAACUGAUCAAGUUCAAGCAAUGGCAAUUGCCAUUAGAGAAGUGAUGUCUGGCACUAGACAUAGAUUAUGUCAAUGGCAUAUAUCUCAGAAUGCUCCAUCUCAUUUGGGCUCACUUAAGAAUGAUAAAGGUUUUUCUAAACUUUUUAACAAGUGUAUGUCCGAAUGUGAUUCUAUUACUGAAUUUGAUAAAACAUGGGAGAUGAUGCUUACAAUGCACAAUGUAGAAGAACACAAGUGGUUGAAGAAUCUUUAUAAUAUUCGACACAUGUGGUCUACAGCUUUUAAUAAUGAUGUGUUUAGUGCUGGAUUGAAAGCCACAUCUCGAAGUGAAUCUACUAAUCAUGUACUAAAUGGGUUUGGAGAUUUGAGCACUUAUUUGCAUAUAUUUGUGACUAAUUAUGAAAAAAAUGUAGUAAAUAAGUGGUGUUUGAGUGAAGAACACGAGGACUUCAAAUGUAAACAGG